UUUGACACAAACUGUCAAACACACUAUUUGACUUCUGACACUUUCCAGUCUGAAAAUACUAAAUUAGUGACGGAAAGUUAAAGAAUUUCUAAAUAAAACCAAAGUUCAGUUUUAUUCAAUCCAAUCACAUAGAAAUUGAUCAUCAACAUGUCGUAUGCAGGAUUCACAAAGUUUUUGUUAGUCGUAGGAUUUCUGUCACUUUUACAUGCCGCAUAUUCGGCUGCACAACAUCGAACAUACCUGCGAGACACCGACCAAGAAAAGACAAAUACAUUCCUCCCCUUAGAUAUCAUCAUACAAUCUGUAGCCAGUCUAUUUCUUAUCAUAUACAGUUUGCUUCAUGUAGUGGGUGACUUCAAGGAAAUUCGUGCCACAAUCGAUUUACAGGCCAAAUCAUGGGAAACUCUCUCAAACAUACCCUCGUUCUACAUAUUCAAUCAUCGUGGAAAGAGCUUGUCACGCGGCGCUCGAGCGGCCAUCGAAGAGAAUUAGACUAAUUGCGAGAAAUUGAAUCGAUUUAGUUUUUAUUUAUUUUUAUUUACCAUUCGAACCAAAUAUUGAACUGACACAUUGAACACUGUCACCAGCAUUGAUUGUCAUUCAACUUUUUACGGGCCAACGAUGAAACCGUGUCUGCCUUUUCGCAGAUUUGUAAACGAGAAUUAAAAACAUGGACAAAAUAAAUAGAACUAGUUUGAACUCGAUGUUUUCAAAGAGAA